GCCACUCGGCCCCUCCCACCUCCAAUAAAGCCACUGCCAGUCACUCCAGUCACCAGCGUUUUGCUGUUGAAGAAGCUCAAUUCCGAGAGAUUGAUGCCGCCAUGAAUCGCUGCUUCUUCCUUUUUGGCAUCCUCCUGUCAGCUAUCGGCUUCUUUGCGUGGAAGCACGUCUUCAAUCGUCAGCACUAUCAAGACUCCUGCAGCAACUUUCGGUCUCCAGUACGGACCUUGGAGGGCCAUCCCUUCACCUGCGGUUGGCAACAGCUGAGACCAAAAACCUUUGGAGACUUUGUGCCCUAUGCUUUCAUUCAGCCCAACGGUUCAUGGUGUUGGUCCAAUGCUGGCUUCAUGGCAUCCUUGCAUGGUCCAGGACUGCUGGUCGAUACUUUGAUGGAUCCAGUGCUGACAUCGACUAUGGUGGCAGAGUUAAAACCUGCUACAGGCACAGGUGGUGGAGAGGGCCGCAUUGGGGCAGUGGUAUUUACACAUCCUGAUGUUGAUCAUAUUCUGGGCAACCAGGCAGUUUCUAUGGAGGUGCCUAGAUUGGGUGACGUGAAAGCUCAGCAGGAUAUAUUGGCGCAGGCCAAGACCUUGCAUCGCAUGCGCUUUACUGUGAACCUUGGAUAUUUGCUAUGGCAGGCUUUGCAACUCAUCGGAGGCCCUCGGCUGCUGCCGUCGCUGCCUGGUUGGAUGAGGCCCAGGGCCUUGCAGGUCUUUAGCUUUGCCAACUAUGCCUUCAAGCUUGGAGGCUUCAACCUGCACACCAUAGAUGCAGACAAGUUGCCAGCUUUUGCCAAAACCAUUCAAACAGGAGAUGAAAUCACUCUGGACAUUGGUGACGCCUCGCCGUUGCCGGUGAAGUUCUGGCAGAUGGGAUCAAUCCAUUCGAAGAGUGACUCCGUGCUGCUGCUGCCGCAGAGCCGUGUUUGCUACACUGGCGACCUGCUCUUCAUUGGGAUUGCUCCUGUGAUGUGGGCAGGCCCUGCAAAAAGUUGGGUGACUGCGCUGGAUGACUUGCUCAAGGCCACCGGGGAGGACUGGCUUUUCGUGCCGGGCCACGGGCCCGUGACAGAUGCCAUCGGCGUGCAACAUGUGAAGAGCUACUUUGAGUAUUUGCACCAGGCUGUCAGUGAAAACUGUGCAGACUUGCCGUUGAUGCAGCCGGAACUGGAUGAGACAUGCGCAUGGCGAACUCUGGAACGAAUGCCAAACCAGCUGAAGGAACACUUCCACGAACCCGAGCGCAUCGUGAUUUGUGCUGUGAUCGAGCGGGUUGCGCUACGUACGGGAGCACCAGCGAAGGUGGACGUGAAGUUCAAGUUACAAUGGAUCAGCAAGAUGAGUGAGUACGAGCUGAAGCGAGACUAUCUCAGCACAAGACUGAUGAGAUCCGAGCUGUAGAAAGAAUCAGACGGCUGUGACUGUUCAGCAAAGCCGAGGCUAACCGUUCAUCGC